AAGAUCUCCAUAUCAAUUAAAAAGGAAGGGACCCAAUAAGCAAAUUCCAAAAGGGUGAAUCCAAACCGAAGCUCUUGUCCGUUGAGAGAGAGAACCGAGAAGAGUCAUAAAAUGAGUCAGUAUAUAGUACCAAACUGGAACCUAAAGCACCAAAGACAAGAACAAGUCGAAGGAGAAGAGGGAAACAGAUCUUCGCACGUGCACAACCAGCAGCAGAACCACCCCAGUAGUACUUCUCCUCUUGUCCCCAAUAUGUCUAGCUAUGAAGUUGCAGAGCUAACAUGGGAAAAUGGUCAGCUAGCCAUGCAUAGGCUUCGUGGGCUCAUUCCCACUACUCCUACAAAGCCCACAUGGGGUAGGGCUGGUGAUACACUAGAAUCAAUAGUCCACCAAGCUACAUGCCACAAGCAAAUCUCAGAUGUACUGCAACAUGACCAUGCCCCGGCAGCCAAUAUAGUCCCUAUUGAUGCUGUUUCCACCGGUGCAACAUGGGCUGAGACUGAGAGUUCCGGCCAGGUACAGGUGGCACCGACGACGCUGAUGAGGAAGAGGACACGUUCGGAUUCAGAGCAAUGUCAUGGAAGAAAAAUUUGUGGUGGUAUGAAUGAAGAUAGUGCUGAUCAUACUAGUGCAAGCGCAACAUUUUCUAGGGACAAUGAUACAACCAUGAUGACAUGGGCUUCCUUUGAAUCUCCUCGGAGCUUGAAGACCAGAACCACUGAAGUGGACUCGUCUUGUCACGAUGGAUUGGGAAACAGAGAUGAUGAUGAAGAGCAUGAGACCAAUAAUAUUGAAAUGGGCCGCUCCUACUCAACAAGAAAAACUAGAGCAGCUGCUAUCCAUAAUCAGUCUGAAAGGAGAAGAAGAGAUAGGAUUAAUCAGAAGAUGAAAACCCUGCAGAGGAUGGUGCCAAAUGCAAAUAAGACAGAUAAAGCUUCAAUGCUUGAUGAAGUGAUUGAGUACUUAAAACUACUCCAAGCACAAGUUCAUCAACUGAUGAGUAUGAGAAGUAUGCCCCAGAUGAUGAUGCCUUUAGGCAUGCAGCAACAUCUUCAAAUGUCUCUAUUAGCACGUAUGGGCAUGGGCAUGGGCGUUGGGCUAGGGAUGGGUAUGGGUAUGGGUAUGGGUAUGCUUGACAUGACUACCAUGUCACACAGUGCACCUCAAACUCUUGCUUCACUUAUCAAUCCAGCUUCAGUUUCUGCCACAGCUCCUGCACUAGUUUCGCCUCCAUUUGUGCUGACCUCCAUGAUUCCAACUGAUGCUUCAGCUCAGCCGAAGCCUAAUUCCGGAACCAAUGCUGCAGUUCCAUUGCCUGAUCCAUAUUGUGCAUUACUAGCACAAUCAAUGAAUAUAGACCUCUACAACAAGAUGGCAGCAGUCAAUCAGACCACAGUCACUACACAGUCAACUAGUUGCCCAUCACAGUCACACCAUGUUCAAAGUGGCUGAGCGAGAAAUGAAUUAGUCAUUAAAAAAAAAAAAUUAUUCUAGCUAGAUUGUACAAGGCUUUAUUAGCCUUCAAUUUUUAUAUAUAUAACUUCUAAACUCUACCCCUGACAAUAUUCUUGAGUAAUUGCCCUUGUUGAUAUGAUUAGGUCUAACUUAUUAUUA